GUAGUGUGUUGAGAAUCAGAUUAUGUGAUUGUGAGAUUACCUUGAUUGUUUCUUUUUUUAGCUGGUGCUUGUUUACUUGUAUGAAGCAGGAGUAUUGAAGAUCUUACUUUGUUACUUCUUGAUUUGUUAAUUUUUUAUGAUUCCUUCGUUCUUACACAUUGAACGGAUAGACAAACGGACAGACAAACGGAUAAACACGCGUAUACCAUCCUACCACACUAUACUAUACCAUACCAUACCAAGCAACACCAUGUACCUUCUCCAGAUUUCCAUCUCCCUCCUCCUCCUCAUCUCCACAGCCGCAACCGCCCUUCCCCUCUCCACUCCCCUCAUCCCCCUCCUCGACACCCUCAUAAACAUAACCAUCACCGCCUCAACCCUCAACUCCGCACCUCCUACCGCUCUAACAACAACCACCCAUUCUUUAGAAUGCGCAGAUGUGAAUCAGGGAGCUCUGGUUUGUUGUCCGAGUAUUGUGGAUGGCGAUCAACCGGUUGUGGUGAUGGCGGCGAAGAUGUUUGGGUUUGUGUUGAAUGGGAAUAGUGUUAAUGGAGUUGGGUGUAGAACCAUCUAUAAUGGCGCGUAUUGCCCGGUGUUGGAACAUAGACUUUGUUGUCAGGUUACGGAUUUGAUGGUUUUACCACUUGUUAGUUUGGCGAUGUGGUGUCAUCGUGCGGAGGAACUCUGAUGUGAUGAAUGCGUCUUGAUGUGGAAAUGGGGGUUGAAUGAAUGAUAUAGUCAUCUGGAUGAAGCGGAGUCGAUUCAUAGUUUGAGAUGGGAUGGGCUGAGAUGGAAAAGGGGAGAGACGAAUUUUGAUGAAUAAUUGCUCAACCAAAUGAUUUUAGGCGGGAAAUAGCUGGAUCUUUACUACGUUUGCUUCGAAUGCAUAAGCAUAGAUAUCUUAUGGGGUUUAUAUUGUGGAAGGCUAACAGAUUCAUUGCUGAAGACUUAUUAAACAAUGAGAAUUUUUGUUUGCA